CGUGAUGCGGAGUAGGAGGAAGCGGGCCCCGCGAUCCUUGUCCUUGGGGCUCGCUUGCUCUCUCUCUCUCUUUCAGUCGACGAGGAAGCUCCGAGUCGUGCGCGCUCGAUUAUACACGCGUCGAUUUGAGGCUCUCACUGGGCCACGUGUGCGCGUUUAUAUGUGAGACGUGAUCGACAAUAGUGCGUGGGAGACAAUGAGGGCGGCUGUGGUUUUGUUGUUGAGCCUUGCGGGGGUGGUGUGGGCUGCCGAGGACUUGAGGCCCAUGAGCGCUGCGCUGCCGAAGAACGUCAGCGGGUUCCUGGUCAAUCGCGGUGGACAGUUUUACCUGCAGCCUGUUUUUGUGAAUGAGAGCGCCGCGAAGAAUCUCGUCGACCAGCAACUCGAAAGCGAUUCGCGCGGAAACGAGGAAGAAAGCUGGAGCGAAACGGAGGAAGAAAAAGACGAAAGUGGAUUGCCGCAGACGACCGUCGUCUCUUUCGAUUACGAGGAAAAAGCCGACGACGACAGCAACAUCGAAGACGAGCCGAGCUGGCAGAAGCGGCCAAAGUCAUGGUGGCAACAGCUCAGCACCUCGAGAUCCCGAGCUCGUGGAUUUUCGCUCUUCGGUGCGAUCGAGUCGGCUUUCAGCUCGGUUACCAAGUUCCUCGGCAAUUUCAUCGGGGACGACGACGAUGAAGCUGACGCGCAGAGCAACGCCGUUAGCUACAAGGAUUAUCAGAUGCUCAGGAUCACGCCGAAGAGUCAGAGACAAGUGAGACACCUGCAGGAACUGAAGGACAACGAGCCCGACGAUGUCAAGUUCUGGACAGUUCCGGCUAAGGACAAAGCCACGGACCUUGUGGUUUCCCCGGUAAUUCUGAAAGACGUAAAGGAAUUCCUGCAAGAGAAGAAGAUUGAAUACACCAUUCUAGUAAACGAUCUUCAGAAACUCAUCAAAUCGCAAAAUCCGAGGAUGCCGAAGGAGCGUCGGCAGGAUUUGUACUCCCUUCAGGGGCACUCUAUGACGUGGAAGAGAUACCAUCGUUACAAGGAUAUCAUGGGUUACCUAGACUACCUGGCCUCCAAGUAUCCCCAGCUCGUGGAGGUGUUCUCGAUAGGCAAAAGCUUCGAGGGCCGUGCUCUGAAAGUCAUAAAGGUGUCGACCGGCGCCAAAAGAAACGGCGAGCCGAAGUCAUCAAUCUGGAUUGAUGCCGGAAUGCACGCGCGGGAAUGGAUCAGCACCGCUGUGGCAACCUACAUAUUAAACCAAUUAGUCGAGAGGAAUGAGAACUACACUCGACUUCUCGACCUCACCGAUUGGAUCAUAAUGCCGAUCGCCAAUCCCGACGGCUACGAGUUCACCCACACCGAUGACCGACUUUGGCGGAAAACUCGCAGUAUUCAUGAUUCUGACUCUGAUGAGUCAUUCAGACAAGCCCCAGGUAUCUUCAACGCGCUGUCGCAGUAUACGAAGUGGUUGUUUGGCACCUGUGAAGGUGUGGACCCCAACAGGAAUUUCAACAUCCACUGGGGCGAGAGUAAGAUAGCCGGCGCCAGUAAGGAUCCGUGCCAUGAGACAUACGGCGGACCCAGUCCCUUCUCCGAGCCCGAGACCAGAGCCAUGUCCAAUUACAUCAUGAACAAUAAAAAAACCAUCAGAACUUACUUGACGCUGCACUCGUACUCGCAAAUGCUACUGGUGCCCUGGGGGUUCACGCGCACCAGGCCGGCUGACUUCCAGGAUCUUAUGAAUAUCGCUACCAAGGCUAAGAAGGCCAUGGCCAAGGUUCACGGGACCGAUUACAAGGUCGGACCUGCUGCCGAGCUUUUGUACCCUACUACAGGUUCGUCGGAUGACUGGGCGAAGGCGAUAGCGGGCAUCAAGAACUCUUUCACUCUCGAGUUGCGAGACCGGGGAUUCUAUGGUUUCUUGCUGCCUGCUUCACAGAUCGUCCCAACGGCUAGAGAAACGUGGGCUGGUGUCCGGGUGAUUGCCCGCAUGGCUGCUACCAACACCUGAGGCCGAAAAAUGAAAAGUCAAUCCGAAUCAGACUCUUCAUCAAUAUUGACUCGUGUGGCUCAAUUAUGAUGAAAACGCCUACCAUACCGAUCUGUGUAAAUUUGGGACGUCGCUAUCGUAAUAAGUGUGCACGAUGUGUACAAAUGAAUUCUCUAUUAUUACAGGGGCGAAAGCGGAUCGAUCCAAUAGAUCGAACGUACUCAGGUUACCUGCGAUCAAAGUAUUUAUAAUGUUGAUUGUAUUUGUGAUGCUCACCCAGAGCUUCGAGUGUAUGUAUAAAGACAUUGUAUUUAUUAUCAUCAUUUGUAUAUUUAUUUUUGUGUAAUGAUUUGUGUUCCCAAGUGUAGUAUACCUACAUAUUUAUUAAAUAAUAUAGAUGAGUGUA